AGGAAGUACUAGUAUCCUAUGACGAAUAUGAAUGUAAUUGGUAUUGAAAAAAAUGUAUUUUCAUUCUUUUUGAUGUUCACAUUGUACAAUGUUUAUACUGAAGCCAUAUCCCUCCAGCGACAAAUUCUGCAAGAUAUCAUUAAACACAGAGAUUAUGACAAAAGGAUCCCACCUGGCAUAGAUUUGGGCGAUAUAUACGAAGAACAGCCCACCAAUGUUAGCGUGCAGUUAUUUAUCACAGAAAUGUACGAUGUCAACGUUAACGAAAUGGAUUUUUCCAUCACUUGUUAUUUACGGCAGAGAUGGGUAGACCAUCGCCUAAAUUUUAGCCAUCCAAACAUAACUCUAGAAUUGACUCAAGAUGAAAUUAGUAGUAUUUGGACCCCAGAUACAUUCUUUCCAGAAUCUAAAAAAGGAGAUCUACACACCAUCACAAAACCGAAUACAUUGAUGCAUAUUUAUCAUAAUGGAACGGUUCUGUACAGUUUGAGGUUGCAUUUACAGCUGUCUUGUUCGAUGGAUUUCCACUUAUACCCUCUUGAUCAUCAAAGAUGCAAAAUUCAUUUAGAAAGCUACGGGCUGACUGCAACCAAACUUUUGUAUUCAUGGAUUGAUGGAACGCCAGUACAUGUGCUGAACGAAAAUCUACCAUUGUAUGAUAUAAACGGAAGACCACCAACAAGUGUUAGUUUAUGCCACACAAGUCUGUUUAAUGGAGGUACUGGUUUUUCUUGCCUUGAAAUGGUUAUUGAACUAAAGAGAUCCAUUGGAUACUACAUGACUGAAAUUUUUAUUCCCGACAUUCUCAUCGUUGUUCUGUCGUGGGUCUCAUUCUGGUUACACCCUCUAGCUGUUCCAGGACGUGUAUCACUAGGUGCAGUAACUGUCCUGACGAUGUCAUCUCUAGGAUCAGCGUCAAGACGGAAUGCCCCACGUGUGUCGUAUGUUAAAGCUGUAGAUGUGUGGAGUUUGUUUCAGAUCCUGUUUGUGUUUGCUGCACUAGUUGAGUUUUCUGUUGUAAAUGUACUUGCAAGAAUAAAAGUGUCUGAUGCGAGAGCUUCACAAAUAGCACAGGAGAGGGUAUCGAAGCACAGAGAGUCUCAGGGAAAUGUCCAAGAUCCAGAUAAAGAUGAAAACAGAAGACCUUAUUUAGGAAGGGCCAAGAAGAUAGAUAAAAUAUCAAGAAUUGCCUUCCCUGCAGUCUAUCUCUUUUUUAACUUUCUUUUCUGGGUCAUUGUGCCAAAUCUAUGAAUUGUGAAAUUAAAAAUUUUGGAAUUAUGAUAAUGGUUAAA